AUGAAAUUCAUUUUCCCGCCAAACUUCACUCGCGCCAAGUCCCCAAAAGCACAUGAACAAAAACAAGGCUUCGAUGGUGAUCUCAAAGCCCCAAUCGUUCUUCCAAGACAUCAGAUCCAGAGAGCUCCACGGAUUCCGACUCGGAAGCGGCCGUACGUAUCAGAUUUCUACGAAAUCGGCGCCAUCGCUGCAGAGCACUACAGUCCUCCGAUGGCAAUCUCGUUCGGCAAGUCUUGGAAAAGCUCACACAUCAUCGCCAUGUCCGACGAGGACGGGUACUUGAGCCUGUUCGAUACACGCCGCAAAUUCUGUGCAUCUGUAUCUCACCAAGAAAAUGCAGAUAAAACUAAGGUUUGUGAUUGGGUUGCGCAUCAUAACACCGUGUUCGAUAUCUGUUGGAUUAAGGAUGAUACUCAAAUUAUGACAGCUUCCGGCGAUCAGACUAUCAAGGUGUGGGAUAUUCAGGAAAGGAAACGUACUGCUGUACUGAUGGGGCACACAGGAAGUGUGAAAUCUCUGUGUCCUCAUCCAACUAAUCCCGGUACGUUUAUAUUUUCAUCUGUAUGUGGAUUUUUGUACUUUUGUUUGCUUGUGCUACUUUUUGUGUUAUGGUUAUUAUGUAAUUCAAGCUCCAAAAAUAUGCAGGGGUCAACUGCAGUGGUUACAGGGGCUCAUAUUGUUCCACGGGCAAAGCGUGUAAGGCGCGGAAAGGCUGUUUCCAUGAGCAUCACAUCAGUUCUUUAUCUUAAAGAUGAGUUCUCCAUUGCUACCGCCGGAGCUGUGGACAGCAUUGUCAAGUUUUGGGAUACCAGAAGUUUGAAAAAUGUUGUCACACAGACAUGCCCUCAACCGGAGUCAACUGAGAAGGAAAGACGAUUACACGGUAUAACUAGCUUAUCCCAAGAUUUAAAUGGAGUGUUGCUUUCAGCGUCAUGCAUGGACAACAGGAUAUAUUUGUAUAACGUACUUCAACUACAAAAGGGUCCUGUUCAAGCGUUCACCGGAUGCUGGAUUGAAACAUUUUUUGUUAAGUCAGUUAUUAGCCCCGAUGCUGCUCACAUAGUCAGUGGCUCGAGCGAUGGAAACGCCUAUAUUUGGCAGGUAAACAAGCCUCGGGAAGAUCCCGUUAUAUUGAAAGGCCAUGACAGGGAAGUUACAGCAGUAGAUUGGUCCCAGUUUGAGGUCGGGAAGAUGGCGACGUCGUCAGAUGAUUUUACGGUUCGCAUUUGGAACUCUCAGAAAAGUUACUCCACAAGCACAAGCUCACCAUCUACCGUUCGAAGAAGAGUUAUGGCAAUCCCAAGCGCAGAGUGUAGAAAGCUUCUGAUGAGUGAAUCAACGAUGCAUACCUCAAAGGUUUCCGGAAGUUUGUGUCCGUCAGAUGAAGGAUUAGACGAAACCAACUCACUAAAUCCGGUUAGUACGCCCAGAAUGAGUACUCCCCCGUCACAGAAGAAACAAUCUAUGUCGGAUCCUGACUUUAGCAAGACCUUUGAGAAGACCCCCGAAGCUGCAUCGGAGAGCCCGUCUUCUGUUCUGAACCCUCCCUCCUCCCUAAAAAGGAAAACAAUCCGUGAUUACUUUGGAGUACCUCCCUUAAACUUGUAGGCUCUCUUUUUCCUUGGGUUUAUUGUACAAAGUGCUGACAUUCCCUCUGAGUCUACUGCUUCAUAAGCGGAUGCAUCAACCCUGCUUUCAGAUUAUUUCAACCGUUUCUAUAUGGAAUGUAAAGUGCAUGCAGAAAGAUUUUUACGAUGAAAAUAUCACUCUCGUUGCAUUGUAUUUUUGUGCCAUAAGUAACUGGGUGUGAUUCCAAAUACAGUUUUAGAUGCUUACUUAGCAAAUCUGAUGAGUUCUUACGCA